AUGUUGGAUGCGCAGAUCGGGUCGGGCGGGCCGGGCAUGCUGUGGAAGCUGUACCGCGCGACGCCCAAGAGCAAGGCGCAGCAGACGGUGACGUCGGAGGUGUGCGUGUGGUUCCUCGACAAGAAGGAGCUCUCGGAGGAGCGCUCGCACCGCGGCAUGAGGUCCGUCGGAGGGUGGGGAGGGGGAACAGGAACAGCAGAGCAGGCAACCCCUUUCCCGUAUCUGCGCUCGUUGGCCCUUUCUCCCCGCGCCUCGCGCACUUCGCGCUGUUCCCCCGCUCCCGCGCGCAGCAAGGCGGCGGAGGACCGACUGCUGGACAUAUUCCGCGCGGACGCGAAGGUGCUGCAGAAGCUGCGGCACCCGGGCAUCGUGCGCGUGGUGGAGGCGCUGGACGAGAGCAAGUGGGCCAUGGCGAUGGUCACGGAGCCCGUCUUCUCCUCCCUCGCCAACGCCCUCGGCAACCUCGAGAACCUCUCCACCAUCCCGAAUGAGCUGGAGAAGCUGGAGCUGGGGCAGCUGGAGGUGAAGCACGGGCUGAUGCAGCUGGCGGAGACGCUGAGCUUCAUCCACCGCAACGCCAACAUCAUCCACCGCGGCAUCAACCCCGAGACAGUGUUCAUCACGAAGAAUGGCGGGUGGAAGCUGGCUGGGUUUGGCUUCUCCGUGCCCGGUGACCAACAGCCCGACCCCGAUGAACCCGCCUUCCUCUACCCUGACUUUGACGUGGACGACCAGGUGCUGCCCUUGCAGCCCCUGCUGGACUACGUGGCACCGGAGCUCACACGGCGCCCCACCAUCAACCGCUCCUCCGCUGCCGCCUCCCGGGACGCGCUGGCCAGUGUCGACGUCUUCUCCCUCGCGCUGCUCGCCUUCCAGCUCAUUGCGCGGCGCCGCCUCGUGCACGCCAACAACAACCUGCGCACCUACAACAACAGGGUGGCGGGGCUGAGGACCGAGUCACUGGCGGGCAUACCCAUGGAGCUCGAGACGGACCUGCGCCGCAUGCUCGCCCCUGAACCCGCCGCCCGCCCCACCGCCUCUGAGUUCGCCGGUCAAGCCCUCCUCUCUCGUUACCCUCCUCUCCCCCUACCCUCGUAUUCCCAACCCACUACCCACCCUACCACCAUCCCCUCGGUCCUCACCCACCUCCCAUCGUGCACCCUACCCUCAUGCCCACAGGGUCGGGACAACAACGCGAGGGUGGAGUUCCUGAAGUCGCUGCACAGCAUAUGGGCGGGGUUUGACAGCCGAGUGCUGCGCUUCAAGGUGCUGCCGGCCCUGCUAGAGGAGCUGAAGAACCCCGCCACGCAGCUGCUGGCGCUGCCGUGGGUGCUGGAGGUGGCGGAGGCACAGGACGCACAGGACUUUGAGCUGCGCACUCAGACGCUGCUGCUGCCCGCCAUGGAGCAUGCGGGUGGCGACGUGCUGCUGCUCUUCAUCAAGCACCUCCCUGCUAUCGUCUCCAAGGUGUCACCAGCCAUCCUGAUGUCACAUGUGCUGCCCAUGAUCGUGCGCGCCUACGAGGACGCCGACCCGCGGCUGCAGGAGGAGACGCUGCGGCGCUCAGCAGUGCUGGUGUCGUCGCUGGACUUUGAGAUCGUGCGCACCGUCAUCAUGCCGCGCGUGCACAUGCUCGCCCUCCGCACCUCCGUCGCCGCUGUGAGGGUGCAGGCGCUCAUAUGUCUGGGCGACCUGAUACCCAACCUGGACAAGGCGGCCGUGAUGGACAUUCUGCAGACGUGCGUGCGCUGCGCUGCUGUCGACCGCUCCCCGCCCACGCUCAUGUGCAUCGUCGGCAUUGCUGACAUCAUCCAGAGGCAGGUGCGCGCUGAGGCAGGUGCGUUCUCAGCCAGGUGCGUUCUCAGCCAGUACGGAAUAGAGUUUGCAGCAGAGCACAUACUGCCGCUGCUGUGUCCCAUGCUCGUGGUGCAGCAGCUCACAGGCCCGCAGUUCGCCCGCUUCCUCAAACUCAUCAUGGACGUCCUCACGUGCGCCGCCCCCCACCCGUCUCCCGCUCUCUCUCUCUCUCUCUCUCUCUCUCUCUCUCUCUCUCUCUCUCUCUCUCUCUCUCUCUCUCUCUCUCUCUCUCUCUCUCUCUCUCGAACGGGCCUUGGUAUUAAUGUCAGCAAGGUACACAGAUGGUAA